CUACUAUUCAAAAUAUCAUAUCCUGCUCUCUUGCUCAAAUGUGGUAAAAAGCAAUAACAGUUUCCCUUCCUAACGUCACCACCAUGAACACUAGUAGAGCUCUUCUCUACUCCUUCACAGACCCUACUUUUCGCCCUCUAAAAUCUCCUCCCGAUAUCUCAUCCCCUAAAAGAAGACCUAGAGAGGGGCUUAAUUUUCGAGUCCGGUUACAUAAUCACCGAGGCUGUGUUUCUCGGGUCUCGGUGAGGAAUUCGGGUCGGGGUGAGACAGGGAAAGUGUAUGCUGAUGUUAAGUCGGAGCCGUAUGAGAUAUUGAAGUCGGUUCCGGAAUCGGUGAAGUUGGAGGAGGAUGCUUUGGACGAUGUUGUUCUGGAUAGUACGAUGCCGUGGUGGGAAGAGUUCCCUAAACGAUGGGUCAUUGUCAUUCUUUGUUUCUCGGCUUUUCUUCUUUGCAAUAUGGAUAGAGUAAAUAUGAGCAUUGCAAUACUUCCAAUGUCAGCCGAGAACAAUUGGAACCCAGCCACCGUCGGUUUGAUCCAGUCUUCAUUUUUCUGGGGCUACUUACUUACACAAAUUGCUGGUGGCAUUUGGGCGGACACAGUGGGCGGGAAGAAGGUUUUGGGAUUUGGUGUCAUUUGGUGGUCCAUUGCUACGAUUCUUACUCCUGUUGCUGCUAAAGUUGGAUUGCCCUUCCUACUCGUUGUUCGCGCUUUCAUGGGGAUUGGUGAGGGUGUUGCGAUGCCUGCCAUGAAUAACAUUCUGUCCAAAUGGGUUCCUGUAUCAGAGAGGAGUAGAUCAUUAGCGUUUGUGUACAGCGGGAUGUACCUUGGAUCAGUUACUGGCCUGGCCUUUUCACCAUUUUUAAUACAUGAGUUUGGAUGGCCAUCGGUUUUUUACUCCUUCGGUUCUCUGGGAACGGUUUGGUUUGCUGCAUGGCUCAGUAAGGCACACAGUUCACCUCUCGACGAUCCUCAGCUGCGGCCUGCAGAAAAGAAGUUGAUUUUUGCGAACAGUUUUUCCAAGGAACCUGUUGAAACGAUCCCUUGGAGACUAAUCUUGUCGAAAGCCCCUGUAUGGGCCCUAAUAGUGUCUCACUUCUGUCACAACUGGGGAACAUUUAUUCUUUUGACAUGGAUGCCAACAUAUUAUAAUCAAGUCUUGAAGUUCAAUCUUACAGAAUCUGGCCUUUUCUGUGUCUUGCCCUGGCUUACAAUGGCAUUUUCUGCAAAUUUGGGAGGUUGGAUUGCAGAUACUCUUGUGAGCAAAGGUUUAUCUGUAACAACAGUCCGUAAGAUCAUGCAAUCAAUUGGCUUUCUUGGCCCUGCCUUCUUCCUAACCCAGUUGAGUCACAUUGAUUCUCCUGCAGUGGCUGUUCUGUGCAUGGCAUGCAGCCAGGGAACUGAUGCAUUUUCCCAGUCUGGUCUAUAUUCAAACCAUCAAGAUAUUGCCCCUCGAUAUUCUGGAGUGUUGCUUGGUCUAUCCAAUACAGCUGGAGUAUUGGCAGGGGUGUUUGGAACUGCAGCCACUGGUUACAUCUUGCAGCAUGGUUCUUGGGACGAUGUUUUCAAGGUUUCAGUUGGGCUCUACUUGGUUGGAACAGCGGUCUGGAACCUCUUUUCAACGGGUGAGAAAAUAUUGGAUUAGCUUUCAUGGAAGUUAACAUCGGUGACAGCUCAAGCUAGCCCAGUGAUUCCCGCACCAAUACAGAAGGAUGAGUUGAUUGAAUGGGAAAAAGUGAAAUUGUGAAUGAGAUUAAAUGGAAGAACAACUAGAAAAAUAACUUCAUACAAAACUCUUGAGCUUGAAGAACUGGCAAAAUUUCUGAACGCCAAAAUUGAGCUCAAAGUUUGUGUUGCGUGCAAUGCCAGGGCCUCUGGCACAAAUGAAACAAUUUCAUGCAUCUCAAUGAAGAAUAUACCUGUAAAGUAUCUCCAAAGCUGCUUGUAAAUGUUUACAUUCAAUACCUAAUGAAUCAAUUCUAUGAUCUUAAAGCAUGUU